UGUCGAGACCCUAAGAACUGGGUCGGUAUCCUUCAGGGAGGACCUUCUCCAGCAAUGGCUUCCUUCUUGUUCUUGCUGUUUUUGUUACUGACUCCAGCCGCCGUGGCCAACCUCAAAACUGAUGGUCCAUGUCCAGCAUGUUCGGGGGCCGCCUUCGAUCUGGAGAGCCAGCGGGAGCUGCUUCUCGAUUUGGCCAAGAAAAGUAUCCUGAACAAGCUACACCUCCGCCAGCGCCCCACACUGAGUCGGCCUGUGUCCAGAGCUGCUCUGAAGACCGCACUGUGGCGCCUCCGUGCGCCUCGACAGGAAACCCUGCUGGAGCAGGACCAGACACAAGAGUAUGAGAUCAUCAGCUUUGCUGAGACAGGCCUCUCCAGCAUCAACCAGACCCGUCUCGAUUUCCACUUCUCUGCUAGAACUGCUGGCGGCAUGGAGGUCCGGCAGGCCCGCCUCAUGUUCUUCGUGCAACUCCCUUCCAAUACUACCCAGACCAUGAAUAUGCAGGUCCUUGUGCUAAGACCGUACGCUACCAACCUCACCUUGACAAGUCAGUACCCGCUGCAGGUGGAUGCUAGUGGCUGGCACCAGCUUCUCCUGGGACCCGAAGCUCAGCUUGCUUGCGGUCAGGGACACCUCACCCUGGAACUGGUAACCGAAAGCCAGAUGGCCCACAGUUCAGUAAUCCUGGAUGGGUUUUCUCACAGACCUUUUGUGGCAGCCCGGGUAAGAGCUGGGGGCAAGCAUCGGGUUCGCCGGCGAGGCAUCAACUGCCAGGGGGGGUCCAAGAUGUGCUGUCGGCAAGAGUUCUUUGUGGACUUCCGUGAGAUCGGCUGGCAUGACUGGAUCAUCCAGCCCGAAGGCUAUGCCAUGAACUUCUGCACUGGGCAGUGCCCACUACACGUGGCGGGCAUGCCUGGCAUCUCUGCAUCCUUCCACACAGCCGUCCUCAAUCUACUCAAAGUCAACGCGGCUGCCGGCAGCACUGGAGGAGGCUCGUGCUGUGUGCCCACAGUUCGGCGCCCUCUGUCCUUGCUCUACUACGACAGGGACAGCAACAUUGUCAAGACGGACAUACCUGACAUGGUGGUAGAGGCCUGUGGGUGCAGUUAGCUUAUGCGUGAUACAGCCCAAGGUAGAGGAGGCAAACAUGUCCUUACAAAGAUGGCCUUCCUCAGAGUAACUACAUUCCUGCCUCCGUCCACACAGUAACCACCUUCUUUCUAAGUAUUCAGACUACCCUCCGUUGACUCCAGUAGAUCUACAUCUAAAGGAGUCACCACCAUGACCACCAGCCUCUCUGUCUCUCCUGGGACAUGGUUGACCCAAGAACACACCCCCAUCCUAAACCCUACUCUAGGGGUUAAUCCGCUGCCAACCACAAGCAACAUGGUUUUGUUCCCAGCAAAGAUACCCCUCGUUCACCCUUAGCCAAUGAUGCAAUCUACUCUACCUCCUGUCCUGCCAACUGAUGGCUCCACUCCACGAUGACCCGCCCGAGCAUCUCCCCUCAAACUCUACAGUGCUCCAAAGAACCCUUCCCCUGGGUUCCUAGCUUGCUGUUUUCCAAAGCGAGACCCUUGCCCAAGUGUGCU